AUGGUGGGUGGCCCCAGUAUAAUAUUUCAUCGAUAUCACGAGGCGAGAAAAACCAAAAUCAGAGAAAAAGAAAUGGAGGAUCAAGGAAAACAAGCAAAAACCUGUCAAAAGAUUGUUGGAUACGAUGCCAAUGCUUUAUAUCUAUGGGCCAUCAUGCAAGACAUGCCCACCGGAUCAUUUACAAGACGGCGAGAAGAAACUGGCUUCAAGAGAGAAAGUUCUUCCAGGAUGGCAACCGAGUGGUUAGAGUGGAAGGCACAUGAAGGAGGAAUUUUUAUACGCCACCAAAUGAACAAUACAGUAAAACGCAUUGGUGAAAGAAAAAUACCAGUGGAUGGUUUUCACGGUCCUUCGCAAACAGUCUUUCAGUUCCAU